UUGUCAGUCCCGGGAAGCCGGAGGAGGCGCCGGCUGUUGGGAGCCGAGCGCCGGAGCCCUUGGCGGGCGGGAGCGCGGGCCCGGGCCACGGAGGUCAAGAGGCAAUUGCCAUUGAGAUAUAGUGAGUGACUCUGUCCAAGACAGUAAGCAUCAGGGAAGCAGCUGGAAGUAUUGACGGAAAGCUUAAGUUACCUAAAUGUCAGAUAAUGAUCUCCACCUGCCAAAGAAGUUUGUGGUUGCCAAGAGAAAGGUAACCAUUUCUCAUCCCCUUGAGUGGAAUUGGAUGCCUCUAGGAGCCCACAUUGGCUGGCAAUAGACAUGGCCGAAUUUGCAAGCUAUAAGGAGACUGCCUCUAGCCGCCAUUUGCGGUUUAAGUUACAGAGUCUAAGCCGCCGCCUUGAUGAGUUGGAGGAAGCCACAAAAAAUCUCCAGAAAGCAGAGGAUGAGCUCUUGGAUCUCCAAGACAAGGUGAUUCAGGCAGAAGGCAGCAACUCCAGCAUGUUGACUGAGAUUGAAGUGCUGCGCCAGCGGGUGUUGAGAAUUGAAGGUAAAGAUGAGGAAAUUAAGAGAGCAGAGGAUCUGUGUCAUCUGAUGAAGCAGAAACUUGAAGAGGAGGAAAACUUAACUCGGGAGCUGAAAUCUGAGAUUGAACGGCUUCAGAAACGAAUGGCUGAAUUAGAGAAACUAGAGGAAGCCUUUAGCAGGAGUAAGAAUGACUGCACUCAGCUGUGCCUGAGCCUGAAUGAGGAAAGAAAUCUGACCAAGAAAAUCUCCUCUGAGCUUGAAAUGCUCAAAGUCAAGGUGAAAGAACUGGAAUCUUCUGAGGACCGUCUGGAUAAAACUGAGCAGAGUUUAGCGUCAGAGUUAGAAAAACUGAAAUCGUUAACUCUGAGUUUUGUAAGUGAGAGAAAAUACUUGAAUGAAAAGGAGAAGGAAAAUGAGAAAUUGAUAAAAGAACUAACUCAAAAACUAGAGCAGAACAAAAAAACGAACCGAGAUUAUACAAGGAAUGCUUCUAAUCUGGAAAGAAAUGACCUACGGAUUGAGGAUGGCAUCUCUUCUACACUACCGUCCAAAGAAUCAAGAAGGAAGGGUACUCUGGACUAUCUAAAGCAGGUGGAAAAUGAAACAAGAAAUAAAUCAGAAAAUGAAAAGAACCGAAAUCAGGAAGACAACAAAGUCAAAGACCUUAACCAAGAGAUUGAGAAACUUAAGACUCAAAUUAGACAUUUUGAAUCUUUGGAAGAAGAACUUAAAAAAAUAAGGGCCAAAAAUAAUGACCUUCAAGAUAAUUACCUAAGUGAACAAAAUAAAAACAAAUUCUUAGCCAGCCAGCUGGAGGAAAUAAAGCUACAAAUCAAGAAACAGAAAGAGUUAGAAAAUGGAGAGGUAGAAGGGCAAGAUGCUUUAUUGUCCAGCAAAGGCAGACAUGAGAGGACUAAGUUCAGAGGCCACGGGAUUGAGGCAUCUUUGUCCAAGCACACAUCCCGGGAACUGUCGCCUCAGCAUAAGCGAGAAAGGCUCCGAAACAAGGAAUUUACUGUUAAUAAUGAAAACUAUUCUAUCAGCAGGCAGGUUUCUUCUCCCAGUUUCACCAACAGGAGGGCAGGAAAAGCUUCUAAUAUGGGGGCAGGUACAGAUAGUGGGACUCAGGAAACAAAGAGAACUGAAGACCGAUUUGCAUCUGGGUCUUCUCAGAGUGAAGGGAAGAAGUCCAGGGAUCAGCCAUCGGUACUCAGUCGCUAUCCUCCAGCUGCUCAGGAGCACAGUAAAGUUUGGAAGGGGACUCCCAGGACAGGCACUGAGAGUGGAUUGAAGGGAAAAGCAGAGAAGACAACACGAACAUUUAGUGACACUACUCAUGGGUCUGUUUCCAGUGACACAUUGGGUAGAGCUGACAAGGCUUCUGAUACCUCCUCCGAGGCUGUCUUUGGCAGGAGAGGACAGGCACCUGGCAAUGGAAGUCAAAUAACUCAGGCUACGGACUCUGGCUGUUCUAAGGUCACUGGAGCUCUGGCCUCAUCUCGAAGAUCCUCCUCAGAAGGGCUCUCGAAAGGCAGAAAGGCUGCCAAUGGCCUGGAAGCUGAUACCAGUUCCCCAAAUUCCAAGGCACCUAUUUUAUCAAAGUAUCCUUAUAGUUCUAGAAGCCAAGAGAACAUCCUUCAGGGCUUUUCAACCCCCAGUAAAGAAGGAGUUGAUCAACCUGUAGCAGUUGUGAUGGAAGACAGCAGUCAGCACGAAGCUUUGAGGUGUCGAGUCAUCAAAUCUAGUGGCAAAGAGAAGCCAGACUCAGAUGAUGACUUGGACAUGACAUCUCUUGUUACUGCCAAGUUGGUAAACACAACCAUCACUCCAGAGCCAGAGCUCAAACUACAGUCUAACUCUAGGGAAAAGGCUAAAUCCCGAGGGGGACCUAGGAUCUCCCCAUUUGAGAAUGAUAAAGAUACGGAAAUAGAAAAUGAAUCUGUGAAAUCUAUCAGAGCCUGCACCAAUGCUGUGGAAUACACAGAUCCCAGCAGUGCUGGGGUAAAAAGCCAGAGGCCAUUUAGUCCCAGAGAGGCCUUGCGGUCUAGAGCUGUCAUCAAACCUGUUAUCAUUGAUAAGGAUGUGAAAAAAAUCAUGGGAGGAUCUGGAACUGAGGCUAUGUUGGAGAAACAGAAAUCCACCUCCAAACCAGGGACAAACAAAGUGACAAGCAGCAUUACUAUCUACCCCUCUGACAACAAUAGCCCUAGAGCCAACCCAGGGGAGGUCUCAAGGGAGAGGCACACAUCCACCAGCAAUAUCCAGGUUGGGCCACCAGAGCUCACAUCAGUUAGCAACCAUGUCAACUCCCCAUUUGAGCUCUCCAUUCAUAAACACGAUAUCACCCUGCAGCUCACAGAAGCUGAGAGGAUGGGAGAUGGGCCCCUGAAGAACAGGCCAGAAACAGUGGUCUCUCGGAGCAGCAUUAUAAUCAAGGCAUCGGACCCUGUGGAAAGGAACAGCCAUGCACCCCCAACGGAGACAAUCAGGUGGAAAAGCCAUACUGCUCCAGAAGCAGGUUCCUCAGAGGCUAGACAUGUUACUGUGCGGAAUGCCUGGAAGAGUAGGCAAGACUUGAAAUCUUCAGAAGACCACCCUACACGAAUAGGUAAAAACAUGGAAUCCACCAAUCCCUAUACCCAAAGGUCUUCCACAGACUUCUUGGAACUUGAACAACCCAGGUCCUACCUUUUGGAGCAGGGAACUCGAAGGGUAGGAAGUUCAGGGGAUGCCUCUGAGCUCUCCUCCAGAAGGACCCAGAGUAGCCUCACUGUGUCAGAGGUGCUUACCCGUCGGAACCGGGUGGGAGACACUGUCACGGCUGCAGCCUGGAACCACUCAGCAGGCACAGAAGAAGGUGAAGAUUGCAUUCUCAGUGUCUACAAACGACUGCCCAAUUCCCUGGAACAGUCUGAACUGCCCAUGAAGCAAGGCCUGCCAGAGUCUGGACGAGUACGGGCUGAAGACCGGUUACGGCCAACCAAGCCCUGUGCUGAGGAAAACUGAGCCAGCUGGAUGGGGUCUGCUGCCUCUCCUCUGCUUCUGCUUGUCAGCUCUUCUACCUUCCUGCCCUAUGAAGGAUCAAAGGCCAGUUGACCAGGCUAAACAUAAGGCCUUGGC